CACUUUAUGCUUAUGACAUCACAACAUAACAUAGCAAAUAAAGUGUAACUUCCUCUGUUUUCUCCUCUGUUUCUUUUCUAUUGCUCCAAAGCUUAGAAUGGCACACCAAGAAUUUUCUAUUGCUCUAGUGAUUCUAGUUGUUUUGUGUAUUAACAUGAAUUUGCAAGGUGUUAUAGCUGAUUAUGGUGGUUGGGAGAGUGCUCAUGCUACUUUCUAUGGUGGUGGUGAUGCUUCUGGCACAAUGGGUGGAGCAUGUGGAUAUGGAAAUUUAUAUAGCCAAGGAUAUGGAACCAACACAGCAGCACUAAGCACUGCUUUGUUCAACAAUGGUUUAAGCUGUGGAUCUUGCUAUGAAAUGAGAUGCAAUGAUGAUCCAAGAUGGUGCAAACCUGGUUCUAUUAUUGUCACUGCUACAAAUUUUUGUCCACCAAAUCCAUCUUUGCCUAACAACAAUGGUGGUUGGUGUAAUCCUCCUUUGCAACAUUUUGAUAUGGCUGAGCCUGCCUACCUUCAAAUUGCUGAAUAUAGAGCUGGAAUUGUGCCUGUUUCCUUUAGAAGGGUGGCAUGUUUCAAAAAGGGAGGAGUAAGGUUCACAAUAAAUGGCCACUCUUACUUCAACCUAGUUUUGGUCACCAAUGUAGGUGGAGCUGGGGAUGUUCAUUCUAUAUCCAUCAAAGGGUCAAGAACUGGAUGGCAACCAAUGUCAAGAAAUUGGGGUCAAAAUUGGCAAAGCAACUCUUAUCUUAAUGGACAAUCCCUCUCAUUUCAAGUUACAACAAGUGAUGGUAGAACUAUGACAAGUUUCAAUGUGGCACCAGCAAAUUGGCAAUUUGGUCAAACCUUUCAAGGAGCUCAAUUUUAGAGUUUUUAAUAACUUUUGUAUACUUAUAGUAAAUUCAUUUAUCAAUUCGAGUUCUUGAAAAGUUGUAACUGUGAUUUUGAAAGACCAUGUUUUAUCUUAUUGGUCUGUAAAGUAGCUGAGGUUGUUAUGUAGCACCCGCUGGUCACUUCAUAUAUAGGAGUUUUAUGUAUUUUGAGAGACUUCUUUUCAAUUGAUAUUAGUAACAUUGAUGAGAGAUAUGUUGUUACUUGAA